AUGGCUACCCCUAGUGUCCUCGCUUUUGACGCUGAGAGUCGAGCCAUUAACUUCAACGUUUGGGUAGAUGACCUGCAGCUGUUCUUACAGUGCGAUAGGGCAGACGGUCUCUCUCUCUUUGACCUCACCUCUGGCGCCUCUCCUGCCCCUGCUGCUGAUGCUCACGCCACUGUUCACUCCCAGUGGGCCACGCGCGACGCUGCUGCACGUCUUGCUGUGCAUUGCCACCUCCCUACCUCCGAGCUCACUCUCCUCCCUGACUCCCUUCGCGUAGUCAGGGACCACUUCCUCUCAGUCUGUCCAACCACUCUCACUGUUAACCUCCUCGAGAAGUCCCUCCAAGCGGCUGAGAAGAGCAUAGUCGCUGUAGGGGCCUCUCGUGGUGACCCGCGCACCCCCAUCUUUGAGGGGUGUUCCCCCUCCCCCCUUCUGCCCUCUGUUGCCUCUGCUGCUGCGGCCGACCUCCUUGGUCUUGAGUCGGGGCGAGCGGGGGCGGUGGAGGUGGAGGUGGAGGCGGCGGGGGGAGUGGGGGUGGCGGUGGGAGUGGUGGUGGGGGUGGAGGUGUCGGUGGCGGCAGUGGAGGCGGAGGCGGCGGCGGCGGUGGCGGUGGGAGCGGAGGUGGCGGAGGUGGCGGCGGUGGAGGAGGCGGCAAAGGCGGCGGUAGUAGCGGCGGCGGCGGAGGCGGCGGAGGUGGCGGUGGAGCUGGUUGCGGGUCUACGCAGAGGACGCUGCUUUGGCCGCCUGACGGACGCGUGGCGUCACCAGUUCCCUAAGGCCACAGAGAUCCCUCGCUGGGGCGAGCUGUCUAGGGUGGGUGUUGCCAUCUAUGAUCUUGAUUUUGAUGCUAUUCUUUCUAACAUGUAUGCUGUGUCUAUUAGUGAUGAGGGUGGCUGUUACCGGUGUUUCCCGCCCAAUCCGGGCAUUGAGACUGCUGCUCUAGGUACUGGUGAGGCGGCUGCCCUAGGUGCUAGUGCGUGUGCGUCCUCAGGUACCGGUGAGUCUGCGCUCUCAGGUACUACGUCGGCUUCGGCCUCCCUCACCUUCACCUUUGACUCUGGGGCUUCUCGCUCCUUCUUUCGGGACCGCACCACACUCACGCCGCUUAGUCGGCCGGUUGCGGUGUCUCUCGCUCACCCCUCUGGGGGUCCUGUCCUAACUCACUUCUCCACAGUCCUCCCAUGUCCAGCGGCUCCCUCUGGCACCCUGUCUGGUCUCUACCUCCCCUCGUUCUCUACGAACUUGGUGAGUGGUGCUGACCUACAGGAUGGGGGAGUACACCAGUUCACUCCUGCGCGUCAGCGGUUGACGCACUGCAAAGAGGCUAGCACAGGCCGACACUUGGCUACGUUUACCCGUCAGCCGGGGUCGAGCCUGUACACACUGACCACUGCGUCUCCUCCAGGUGUUGAGUCUGGUAGGGUCGUUGCGUCGGGUCAGGCGUUUGCUGCAGCGUCCAGGUCUGGUCCUGAGUCUGCCCCCUGUUCUUGUCGUCUCCUGUCUCACGAGACUCUCCUCUGGCACCACCGCCUUGGUCACCCCUCUCUCCUUCGGCUCAGAGGCAUGGCCUCCCGUCUUCUUGUUUCAGGUCUCCCUCGGUCCCUCCCUCCCCUUCCUCAAGGCCCUAGCCCUACCUGUGUCCCCUGUGUCAAGGGGCGCCAGCGGGCUGCCCCUCACUCCUCCCAGUUUCCUCCGACAGAGGCCCCGUUGCAGACGCUUCACAUGGACGUGUGGGGCCCAGCCCGCGUCCAUGGACAAGGUCACGAGCGCUACUUCCUGCUCGUUGUUGACGACUACUCGCGUUACACCACAGUCUUCCCCUUGCGCAGCAAGGAUGAUCUCACUGAGGUUGGCGAUGCGUCGGCGUUCCGGGUCCGGGGAUCUCGGGCGUUUGUCCGCGACUUGUCUGCGGACAAGCUGUCCCCUCGUGCUGCUCCCUGCAUCUUCCUGGGGUUCCCCCCUAACGCGCCUGGCUGGAAGUUCUACCACCCCACCUCUCGCCGUGUUCUGUCCUCCCAGGACGUCACCUUUGACGAGUCGGUCCCCUACUACCGCCUCUUCCCCUACCGCACUCUGUCCCUCCCCCCGCCGCCGCUCUUCCUUGUACCAGGUCCCCCUCCGGUAGACCCCCUCCCCCCUCAGGGUCCUGCCCCUUCAGGUGUGUCCCAGGUAGACGCAGUCGAGCCUAGCCUGGGGGUGCUGCGAGUGGGGGUGCUGAGCCUGGGGGUGCUGAGCCUGGGUGUGCUGAGACUAUGUAUGCUGAGCCUAGGGGUGCUGAGUCUGGGGGUGCUGCGCCUGGGGGUGCUGAGCCUGGGGGUGCUGAGCCAGGGGGUGUUGAGUCUGAGGUGUGCUGAGCUUGGGGGUGCUGAGCUUGGAGGUGCUCCGCUUGGAGGUUCUCCGGGUGCUUCAUCUCUGCGGGAGCCACUCUCUCCACAGGAGCUGCGCGAGUGGUUUGCCCAGUGCUGGAGGCGUGCUGCUGGUGCUGGAGGUUCUUCGGCUACUGAGGGUGCUGCUGUCGCGGGUCCCGGAGGUGCUCCUACUGGGAGUACUGGAGCUGUUGGGCCUGCGGGUACGACUGGAGUUGGUGCUGCUGAGGGUGUUGGAGCUGAGACCUUUGCUGGCGGUCCUGCUGCGGGUACUUUUGGAGGUUUUGGCGCUGCUGGAGGUGCAGCUGGAGCGGGUGCUCCUACUGGGAGUUCUGGUGCUGUACCUGCUCGUCGUGAGCCUGCGUCUCGCCCUGCGUCGCCUGUCCGUGCUGCUCGCGCUAGUGGUCAUGGUUCGCGUCAGCGUCCUCCUCCUGUCCCUGGCACGCACAGGAUGUCUCUGCGUCCGUCCACUGUUCCUCUGCGUGCCCCUUUGCCUUCUCCUCCUCAGUCCUCUCUUCCUGCUUUUGCCGACUCGGAGUCGGACUCUCUUUGUGCUGCCAGUCCUACUGUCACGCGUCUCCUGGCUACUGUUGUCACUGACCCUUCUUUCGAGUCCAGUGCUGCGUCUGCCCUAGUUGCUGAGCUCGUCGACUUUGCUGCUCGCUGUCGCUUAGACUAUGCUGCUAGUCUUGUCGCCGAGCAGGAGGAGUUCCAGUGCUUGGCCGCUGCUUCAUCUCAUCUCGUGUCCGUACUGCUUACCCCUGAGGGAGACCCGGAUGCACUUGGCAUCCCGACUCCGCGCUCUUACGCGGAGGCGAUAGAGGGUCCCUACUCUUCUCAAUGGCAGGCAGCUAUGGAUGCAGAGAUGGCUUCCUGGAAGUCCACAGGCACCUACGUUGACGCUGUCCCCCCUUUUGGGGCGAACAUCGUCAGUGGGAUGUGGAUCUUCAGGGUGAAGCGGCCGCCGGGUUCUCCGCCUGUCUUCAAGGCGCGUUACGUGGCUCGUCGCUUCAGUCAGCGGCAGGGAGUUGACUACUUUCAGACCUUCUCUCCCACCCCAAAGAUGACCACUCUUCGGGUACUGCUGCACGUUGCUGCUCACUGUGACUACGAGCUGCACUCUCUCGACUUCAGCACACCUUUCUUGCAGGGCAGCUUGCACUGA